AUGGUGAUGGUAAGAAAAGGUGCAGAGGAGGAGGUGGACAAGAAGAAGAACGCGAGCAAUUGCAGUAACAAGGGAAUGCGACUGGGAAAAUACGAGCUUGGAAGGACUCUUGGUGAGGGCAAUUUCGGCAAAGUCAAAUUUGCUAAGAACGUCGUUUCUGGCCAGCCCUUCGCUGUUAAGAUCCUCGAGAAAACCAGAAUCAUUGAUCUCAAGAUCACAGACCAGAUAAAAAGGGAGAUUGGCACUUUGAAGCUCCUGAAACAUCCCAACGUUGUCAGAUUACACGAGGUUGUGGCAAGCAAAACCAAGAUUUACAUGGUCCUAGAAUAUGUUACUGGAGGAGAAUUGUUUGACAAAAUUGCACACAAGGGAAAACUUACAGAAGCUGAAGGCAGGAAGCUCUUCCAACAGUUGAUUGAUGGUGUGAGCUACUGCCACAACAAAGGCGUUUUCCAUCGGGAUUUGAAGCUGGAAAAUGUUCUUGUUGAUGCCAAGGGGAACAUAAAGAUAUCAGACUUUGGCCUCAGUGCUUUGCCCCAGCAUUUUAGGGAAGAUGGGUUGCUUCAUACAACCUGUGGAAGCCCCAACUAUGUUGCUCCUGAGAUUCUUGCUAAUAAAGGGUACGAUGGUGCCACCUCUGAUAUAUGGUCAUGUGGUGUCAUCUUAUACGUCAUUCUUACCGGAUUUCUCCCUUUCGAUGAUAGAAAUCUUGCAGUUCUCUAUCAAAAGAUCUUGAAGGGUGAAGUUCAGAUACCCACAUGGCUAUCACCUGGUGCAAAGAACUUGAUAAAAAAGAUUCUUGAUCCCAACCCUGUUACCAGAAUAACAAUGACAGGCAUCAAGUCAGAUGCAUGGUUCAAGCAGGAUUACUCUCCUGCGAAUCCCGAUGAUGAAGAAGAAGAUAUAAACGUUGAUGAUGAAGCUUUCUCAAUAAAUGAAGUGCCAUCUGAGGGGGAGAGGAGUCCAGACGCCCGGCACUCGCACACCCAUAUAAAUGCCUUUCAGUUGAUUGGAAUGUCCUCGUGUCUAGACCUCUCCGGCUUCUUUGAGAAAGAGGAUGUGUCUGAGAGGAAGAUCAGAUUUACAUCCAACCACUCUGAAAAAGAUUUGCUUGAAAAGAUUGAAGAAAUUGUACUAGAGAUGGGAUAUUGUGUCCAGAAGAAAAAUGGAAGGUUAAAAGUGAUGCAAGAGCACAAAGGGGAGAGAAGUAUGGGUAGUCUAUCAGUUGCAGCAGAGGUGUUUGAGAUAAGCCCAUCUUUAUUUGUUGUAGAAAUAAGAAAGUCAUAUGGUGAUUCUUCUGCAUAUAGACAGUUGUGUGAAAAGCUAUCAAAUGAUUUAGGUGUUCCCGCAAGCCAAGGGUUGUUGACUAGCCAAGUGUGA